UGCUGCAAUUAAGUCUGUACUCUGUAAAGAGGAAGGCGAGCACUCUUCCGAGACUGGGGGAAGUUGGUGCAGGGAUGGGAGGAGAAAAUGCUGCCGGAAGCACGUUCCCGCUAGGGAAGAGUUUUCCGGUCGCUGAGGGAGUCUCUAAGGCAACCAUUUUUUCUGCCAAUCUCAGCUUGGUCCCUCACGCGAAGCCUGUCGGGGGUUGUAGUCCUUGCUGCGAAGGCCACAAUGCUCCGCGGUGGAUGCGGCGGGGCUUCGAUCAGGCGGGGCAGAGUACUGCCCGGUCCUUGAGCAAAUCUAGAGCUUACCCAGAGGUUCGGCUCCCGCCGCAAUCGGAGGGUUUCGUCUACAUGAGGCUGGGACCUCGGCUCAGGAUGCAGUUCAUGUUCCUGGUGCUAGUAGCCCUCGCCUGCCCCGAGAACGGGACCCCCGUCAGCGGGGGCUGGGAGCUGAGUGAGCACCAGGCCCUAGAAGAAGAGGAGCAGUGUACUGUGGAUCGAAGAACGAACCUGACUUAUGCAGAGUUCAUCCAUCAAUAUGCCUUCUCUAGACCUGUCAUUCUACAAAGACUCACCAACAACUCACUGUUCCAGGACCUGUGCUCCAAAGAGAAGCUACUGGCAGAAUUUGGAGACUUUAGGAUCAGGCUGAGUACAGCUAACACACAUUCUUAUCAGAAAGGUGAGCCACUGUGUCUAACACCACCUUUGUGCAACCUCCAGCAGGACUCUUGUUCUUUGUUGCUCUCUCCUGACUUCCAACCUUUUCCUUUUUCUACAGUAGACCUCUCUUUUCAAGAAUAUGUGGAACAACUGCUACAGCCUCAAGACCCCAACUCCCUAGGAAAUGACACACUAUACUUCUUUGGGGACAAUAAUUUCACUGAAUGGGGAGGACUAUUCCAACACUACUCCCCACCUCCUUUUCGUCUCUUGGGCACUACUGCAGCCUACAGCUUUGGAAUUGCAGGUGCUGGUUCUGGAGUACCCUUCCACUGGCAUGGGCCAGGCUAUUCUGAGGUGAUCUUUGGACGAAAGCGAUGGUUCCUGUAUCCUCCAGAGAAGAGGCCCGAUUUUCAUCCCAACAAAACCACCUUGGCCUGGCUACGGGAUACAUACCCAGCACUCCCCAUCCCUGAACGGCCCCUACAGUGUACUGUCCAGGCUGGUGAGGUGCUGUACUUCCCUGACCGUUGGUGGCAUGCCACCCUGAACCUUGACACCAGUGUCUUCAUCUCCACAUUUUUGGGCUAGAGGCAACAGCAACCUCCGGGCUGAGGCUGCCCCACUGCCACCCUCUGACUUCAAGUGCUGUUAAUUUAUUGCCACAAUUUCCCUAUAAUGAAGUAAUGGUGCUGGCUCUGCUGCCUUGUGUCUCUGUGCCAGCCAUUUUCUGCCCUCUUGCUUAGGGCUGGAAGACAAAUCAGCAUGAAGUGAAGGGGG